AAAAGAUGUGUCCAUUCAUGUUUACUUUCUGUUAAGUGAUAGAAAUUUUGUUGAGCAGAUACGAAAAGUUUACACCAAAUGAAAUCUGGAAUUGGAUAGUUAUCAGAUUGCCUCAUUGCUUUUACUCAAGAUGGAUGCAGUCUCAGGGAAAAAGUCACCCGAGGGAACAGGAUCAGUGUUUGACCACACAUUCUGCCAGACAUGUGCGAACGAUGGCAAGGACAUCCCUCCUGAUGCCUUCUGUACCGUCUGCAAGGAGUUCAUGUGUUCCAACUGUGCCCGAGUACACAGGAACAUGACGUUUACCAAAAGCCACCCUCUUCAGGACAAGAGUACCAUGCCUUCUUCACUCCAACCAGAGACUGAGAAUAAGCAUUUUACGGAAACAUGUCAACGCCAUGCCGAAGAGUUCAUAAAAUACUUUUGUCCCAAUCACGAGACACUUCUGUGUGGAGACUGCUUGGCUGAGAAAGAACACAGCUCAUGCACUAUUGAAAGGAUUUCUGAAGUGGCAAAGCGGUACAAGGAGGGCCCAAAAUACAACGGUCUGAAGGCAGGACUUGUCCAGGUGGUCAAUGACAUCGGCAACCUUUCAGACAACAUACAUGCGAGCAUGAAAUCUAUUGAUGAAGACAGCUUUACAAAUAUCAAGGCGCUUCGAAAGUUCAGGAAUGAUAUCAACCAAUACCUGGAUAAGAGGGAACAAGAGCUACUGGAAGAAAUUGAGCAGAAGAAACAAAAAUCACAAAGCCUGUUGAGUGAACUAAAAUCAAAUUGCCAAGACAUACAAGCUGCCACUGAGAAUCUCAAGGUCGAGCUACAAGCCAAGGAGGUCAACAGUAACCAGUUGUUCAUAUCUGGAACAAGGGCAUUUAAGGAGUUAGUCGGUUUUCAGUCAGCCCUUAAAGACAUCAGAGGUAAAAGAAGUGUGUCAUACUUCAAGUUCACACGGGAUCCCACCACAGAACAGCUGCUGGCUUCAUGCACAGCAAUUGGCAGAGUGGACCAGGUGGCGUCAGAUUUGGCAGACCAGGUGGCGUUAGAUUUGCCAGACCAAGUGGCGUCAGAUUUGGCAGACCAGGUGGCGUCAGAUUUUGCAGACCAGCAGACAAAACCUCAGGUGUCAGCCUUAAACCAGAGCCGUGCAGACCUAAGCUAUUCCCUGUUUAGUAAGCUGCCUGACGUCCCAGUAAAGGCAUCAAGUGACACCCAUGACUGCUUCCUGACCAGUGUGUCCCUCCUGCCAGGGGACAGGCUACUGCUGUCUGAUUACGACAAUCGCUCAUUAAAGCUGGUUGACACGAUGAAUAACAAGCUGGUGUCUCAGGUGACACUGCCAGGUAAUCCGUGGGACCUGUGUCUCCUGCCCGGGGACAGGGCAGUCGUCACUAUGCCUUGUUUGAAGAAGAUACAGUUCGUUUCUACUCAGCAAAAGGUAACACUACAGGAUGUUGUUAAAGUGGAUGUAGAAUGUUUUGGAAUAGAUUUCUGUGAUGACAACCUGAUAGUGUCCUCUACCAACCCAGGUAAGGUUGUGUUGAUGGACAUGAAGGGAAAGGUGAAGAAGAGUGUUGACAGCGACAGCAGUGGAAAACCUUUGUUUCAGUAUCCCAACUAUCUGACAGUGACUAGAGAGAGCCAGACUCUUUAUGUUUCAGACCAGGGCACCAACACCAUAACCAAGAUGAGCAUCUUACUGGAGGUGCUCCAGUCAUACCAAGACCCGAUACUGAAAUAUCCACGUGGUCUAACAGCCGUGGGAGACAACCAGCUGCUUGUGUGUGGGAGUGGUAGUUACAACAUCCUGUUACUUGACGCGCUCACCGGCUCGAUAACCCAACUGCUGGAGAUAGAAGAGGGGAAAGAGAUGCCAUACAUUGUGGCUUACUGUCCACUGAGGAAGAUGAUGUUUGUCACCAGCAGUAUGUAUGGCGCCCCUGAAUUGGAUAAUUUCGUGAAAGUCUUCAAAGUUGCGUAACGAUUGCAUUUACACUAACCUAAAUUGAAGUCAUUUUAAAAAUAUGUUAUGUGUUUUUAUGAACAGGCGUAUGUUUUUCAGUGGUUCUUAAAGAGCUACGUCUGUAGUUAUUGUAAUAUGAUUAUCUUUGUUAUGUAACCAAGAGCUCAGAGAUUCUAAAAUAUUAUUCAAUAUCAAUGCACAUACGGUUAUGUAUCACCGUGUCAAGCUGUCUUAAAGUACAGCUCCAAAUUACAUUUUAAAUCUUGAAUAUGAUUUUUUGUGAUGCGCUCUUCAAACUUCCACUAUAGAGGGUUUCGAAUUCAAUACCAAUAAGUUGUUGGACCACAAGUAUUUGAAUCAGUUUCUGGUCAAAAUGAAAUAAAAUUGGUUUUGGGUUUAUACAUUAAGAAACAUUGUUUGUUUUCUAUAAUCACAUGCAUGGUAAAUGUUAAAUAUCAAUGUUUCACUUAAGAUGUUGAAAAGAUAAAACAUAUAGUUUAUAUCCGAACAUAAGUCAUAUACUUGUAGUCUCAUGUUGUACAUAUUUGAACAGUAGACACUCUAUUAUAUGUUUUAUUUUGCAUAUUGCAAAAAAAAUCAUUUAGUUGUAAAUAAUUAAUAAGUGAUUGAAUUACAGCAUUGACAUUCUAAAAUAAGUGAUUGAAUUAAAUAUAAGCAAUAUAAAUGUAAUAUCUAAAGCUUUCAGUUGUAUUUGUAUA